AUGGUUUGUCUGUUGUCUGACUUCUUCCUUCAAAUGGUGCUGUUUGUCACGGUUCUUUCUAUUGACAUAAGAAGAAUGGAGGUAAAUUACUCAGCUGAAUUUAAGAAGUGAUUUCACCUUAAGUGGUUACCGGUGUCUUCGAAAGGUUUUUUCUCUCGGUUGAAACCUGGGUUUUCGCCGACGUCAAUUGCGUGUUCCCAUGAUUUUUUUUUCCGGCCGUUGCUUAACUGUCAAUCGUCAUGAUAAGGUUUUGAAUUCUCUUCGAUAGAGUGACGAAAGAUACGAAGUUCUGAAGCUGAAAAAUCCACUUUCACUCAAUAUUCACUUUUUGAAAAGAGUUCGUCAUUUCAGAGGACAAAUUUUCUUUGCUGAUUCCUUAGCAGACCGCUCACGGUUCCCGUAUUUUCGUACAGCCGUAUAAUCUUUCCAACAUGAAAAAUUUGCCUACAGAUAGUGUUUCGUCUAUUUUAGUCAGCUGGACACCAAUAAUCCUUAGUCUCUGCAAAAUUGGAAACGCCUUCAUAUUUUCCGCCAAAAAAAGGGGCAUGCAGUUGAAUACGUUAUUUCACGUAUGAUGACGUCAUAGCCGAAAUGCCCCGCAUCAAUAGGUUAUACACACGAUUUUCCUACAUGGUUUACUUCACUUCGAUGUACGCUCUCCGCUUAAGCGUUAGUCAACUUCAGCUAUACGUAUGCAAUUUCGCAUUCUGAUUGAAAGUGACCGAUGCAGAUGUGAGUUACUAGCUUCUAUAUUAAAAAUAUUUGCUUUUGUAUUUGAAUGAUGACAAUGGUGGGUGGGAAAGGAAAUGACAGGGCUAGGACGACGCAUGGAAGACCUUGCGAGCGAAAAACAAAGAGGAACAGGUUUUAAAGGGGUGAUGUUGUUUUGCUAAAGGUUUUUCCAUUAUUCAUCAUUAGCUUUCAGAUCUUCAACGACUACAACACGUUUCAAGGCAAAGGAGUGGCUCGGCCGACUCACAAGGUUGGUGACACAAGUGCUCUUUUCCUACUCUUAGUUAAGAGAUCUUAUUAACAGGAAAUAACUACAGUACAAACCUCGUUUUUAAGAACCUGUUAGGCUAAAAUUGGCCAGUUAGGCCCUCUCUAUACAAGAACCUGCGGACCCUAAAAUUUGAACAGGUUCCUAUUUCCUACAAUCUAUUAAAAUUCUGUGCAUUUGGGCAAAAUCGGCAAAUAAGGUAAGUCAACGUUCAGGAUCCUCUUUGAAGACACACAGUAGGUGCCUUAUUACUCCAACUGCAAUUGUAAUGGUAAAAAGGUUUUACCUAAUGAAUGAACUGAAUACCACUAAAUACAUUUAGCUACAAUGUAUUUUUCUUCAAAAAAUAAGAACCUAUUUAAGAAACUAAAUAGCGCUAGCCUAAACUUGUGUUAAUAACUAUUUAUUUAAGAACCUUUUUAGGCUAACUUUGAGAAAUACGGGUUCUUAGUAUGUUAUUAUGUCAACAGAAUUUUAAAUUUACCCUGUAACAAGUACAUGUAGAAAUUAUGAUAUUAGAUAUUAUGAAAACGUUUUUUUUUUCCAACCAGGGACAGCUUCUAAGUUACUUCAAACUCCAACAUCACCAGUUCCCAGUCCCCCUCAUUCUCCUGAACCAGUUCAGUUCUUUGGCUUGUUACCACCUCUGCCAUUAUCGUCACUGACUGCUCAAAGCACGCCCUCAAGAGAGUGCCCUGUCUUGCCAAGGAAGCUACCCAAGAGGCUUAAUAUUGCUUAUUUUUGGGCAAGAACAAGGAUUGUUCAGAAGGCCUGUAUGGUGAGUGCAAUUUUUCAGUUGUUGGUGGGAAUAUGUCCAAGGAUUCCAUCCACAUAAUUAUUUCCAAAGCAAAACAAGCAGCCUAUUAAAGACGUAUUCGUUGACCAGCAAAGGCUUCAAUUCCAAAAAAAGAAGAACCGCGCUUUUUUAGUUUCAAUUCAAAUCUGCAAAAGUGUUCAUUGUUAAGGUUUUGCAGUUUAGUAUUCCUCAGUAGCCCUAAUCGUUGGAUCGAUGGUCAUGUUUUGAAUGUGCUUGAAAAGCCAAUAUUGCACCCAGAACGAGAAGAAGUCAUUUUCUUCAGUCUUUAUAAUCGACAGUUAUUUUUCGUUAAUAAGGUAAAGUCAAGAAAACAGAAGAAGCUGUAACUGAAUUUAUUGUGCAAAACAUUUUUUUUUCUCUGCAAGUGCCAAACAAACUAUAACGUAGGUUUGCAGCCACCAUAUUUUGUUUCAAUUUUCAGAUCGGUUUUGUCAUAUAUUUUAUGUAUAUCCUGAGUUGUCCGAGCUCACAGUCAGGGGAAACGUCCAAACAAUGGGCAAACUUGGAAACAUCAGUUUCACAUUCGACAAUGGACAACUCAAGCUUUCAAUAUGGAGAUAGCAAAAUCAAGCUACCGCAAGAGGAGAUAGAAAUGAACGCGGAGCUUAAAGAAAAAGCAACGAGACGGAAAAGAGAGUUUCUCAAGAAACCCACGUCUGUUGAGUUUUGGAAUGGUCUUUAUCAAAGAUAUUGGCCUGACGUGCUGAAUUACUACAAUAUCAGUCUCCUUGGCAGGUAAAUUAAUGUCAGUUAAUUUUAAUUAGCAAGUCCAUUUCAAAAAUGUUUACGUCGUCUAGGCCACCAAUUCCACGAGAAGAUCGAAGUAUUUACAGACGACUAAAUAAAAAGCAUACGGCGCCAGUUUCUUCCCAUAUUACGGUUUUCUCACAAAUUCGUUCCCGCAAACUUUAAGAAACCGCCCAUCCACGGAAGUUAAAACUCCUGUUAAAAGAACGUCCAUACGGUGAUCUGUCUUCCCAUUUUUUGCAAAGGAAUCUGUCACAUGGUUUUUCGGAAGGUUUUUUGGUGUGAAAACCAGUUUAUUUGCUGAUAUUUUAUACACAAUGACAGUGUCCUUAGAAGCCCUGUUUUGUGUCAUCAGGCAGCGCUCAUCGUGGAGAGGACGUUGCUUGACGACACAAAAAACGGCUUCAAAGGAGACUAAAAGACAGCUGCCUUAUGUUGGGUUUAGGUACGUGACUGUUUUGCCUCCAGUUCAUCUUGGUGUUAACAUUGAUACAGACAUAUUUGUCAAGAACUCGUUCGAACAGAAUGGUGAGCUCUUUACUGAUGGCGAUGAGUUUACGACUGUGUAUGGAACUGUUAAACUUGAGGAGUCCCAAGCGAACGGGCAAGAGACGCCCGCUGGGGGCAAGGAGACACUGGACGCGAAGUAUUAUCACAAUGCCUUGUCUUGCGUAGUACUUGGAGUGGUUGUAAUGAUAAUUCUCUUCUUCGUUUGUAAAUUUCUCAACGAUCUUCAAGUUAACCCGAGGUCUGGAAGUGGCCGGAAGAGGACUGGGUAUGGACGUCGUGCAUUGGUGGAGAGUGUUCCCUUCAGUCUUAGGGGGCACACUCAGGUUUGUCCUCUUCCGAUACCGAGAAAUGUUUGAGACACUUUUGAAAUAGAACUGCACAACUUGAUCACAGUCUCUUUCUUUAAAACCUCCUUUGAUCGGAAUGAUUUAGACGAAUUCAGAUUUGUUAUCAGCAGAAAUGAAAUGCGCCAGAAAUGUCUUACUACCCCAGUACUUACUAUAAUCGACCUAAACAAACCGUUUUUGUCAUUUCAGAGUGUAGAACAUUUGAAGUGUACUGUAUCGUCGAUUAUCAGUAUCUGCUUAAGUGGACAAAUAUGUGUUUGGGAUAUAGCCACAGGAUAUCGCUUGACAGUUAUUAAUAGAAGAAGGUAAGUUUGCUGUGGUACACUACUCUCUUUACAAAUCCUUUUUUAAAACCUUGGGGCUUAUAUUGACCCAGACUCUGAGAACAUGUUAAGAACGAAUCUAAGAACCAAAGCAGUUUCAUUACUUGGGCUAUCAAUGAACGUAUGUCAAAGAAAUGGGCAUGUGAUAAAACAUGGACUGGACUGGAUUGGUAAAACAUGGACUGGAUUCAUAAAACAUGGAUUAAUAAAACAUGGAGUGACAAAACAUGGAGAGAUAUGGAUUAUUAAAAUAAAACACAGUCAACAUUUGCAAAUAUAUGACUUCUUGUUCUGCUCACUUUUCAGAAGCAGUAAACUAUUGAUUCUAAUGAACCACUGAGUCAAAUUCUCGCGCGCGCAAAGCGCGCGCAGCGGAGCACCAUGGGUAACAAAAUUCGGUAAACUAUCCAUCCGAGAAAGUUUUGUUAUGACGUAGCGUACGCCCGCCCGCCCACCCGUACAAACACUUCAUGUAAGCUGAUGUCAAAUGUCACAAUAGAUCUUGCACAACUUGACUAUCCUUUCAGUUAUGCAAGCCAUCCGUAUGAGUACGAUUAGAUUGACAGCUGUCAAAAUCAGACAUCCGCUGACAAUUAUCACAUGACCAUCUCGCGAGCUCAAAUGAAGGACCAGUCGUUUUGCCCCUACAUAUAAGCUGAUAUAAUAUGUCACACUUACCUAUUCAACAUAAAAACGAAACUACGCCGGGUAGGGCUGUCAGUCGGCUGACAGUCGUUUAAGUUAUAUUGGCAAGCCAAAUUAAGGUCAAUUGACAGCUGUCAAAAUGGGAAAUGUGCAGACCACUAUCAGAAAACUAAUAACGUGGGCUCGGGUUCGCUCAGGUACACGACCUGUAAUUUUCCACUACAAGCCGGACGGAUAUGUCUUAUUCACAUUCGUCGGGGGCGUAGCCAGGAUUUGUCAAGGGGGGGAGGGGGGGUCACCAUCCGGGGAUCGCCGACUAUAUAUGGUUUAUACCGCUGCUCUCCCUCGCGUAUCAGCGGGCUCAGUCGUAUUAUCGCGGCAUCAAGGCCCAUAUUAACUAAAGACAAGAGCCGUUGACGAAAAUACUUUACACAAAAACAAAAACAAAAGUGGACUUUUCAACCUGGCUUUUACGGCCAAGAUAUUGUCAUGGCGUUUUCGCCACCUGAAUAUUGUAGGUUGUUUGCUCAAAAGAAGGCCUACCGAGGGGGGGUCACGGGCACCCCAGGACCACCCCUAGCUACGCCCCUGUUCGUAGUCUGUUAAUUCGAAUAUUCGCCAUUCUAAUGAAGGUAAAUUGACAGCUGUCAAACUAGAGUAUACGCUGACCUGGCUGACCAGAUCUUGAAUAUAUUAUCGUGUUAGAGGGAUUUCAUUGCAGUUGAAAACUGGAUGGCGAGGUUCUCGAACUAGCGGGCUUAUUUCGCCUCAGAACGAGAAACUUUGAAGCUAAAAACUGCCAAGCGGUUUUUGCAGAUGCUGUGUUUUGUUUUCGUAAUAUUUUCGUCGAAAAUGAACAGACAAAUGCAGAGUAAGCUGGAUAAAUAGAAUAUUUUUAAUUUCAAAGCUCAUGUAGCAGAAAGUUGGUUGUAUUAAAGCGCUAACUGUGUUCGCCGUAGUUGUCCGAUUACUCAUUUUCUUCCAACAAUGCUUUGGGUAAGAACAAUGUUUCAGUUUAGAGGUAGUUUGUCAGCUCUCUUCCGCUAUUUGUGCGUUUACGUUCCCAAAUGUGUUAGCCUAUCAUUUUAGCAUUAAAUUUGACCAACAUUUUGUGGAGCGAUUUCUACGGUCACGAUUGCCUUCAGACUUGCAGACAUAAAACUAGAGAGCUGUGAGGCUUAUUUGCUGAAGUUAGGGAAAAAUCUGUCGUGGGAUUUCGAAGUUAUUUUCAUUUUUCGUAAAAAUGAGGUUUUAAAUAUAUGCCGAUAUCUCAAAAGUUUUUAUACCUAUAAGGAAAUAAAUAACAUUUUCUUAAAGUUCCGUCAUUAUUUAUUAAGGAUGCAAAAAAUCGUAGCAAUCGUUUGAAUCUUUCAUUCUGAAAAACGCGAAUCCAAAAUAUAACCAACACACAUAUAAAUAGGAACGGGCCACCUUAAAGCGGAUGUGGAUCCAAGAAUUAAAAACUUGACUGGUGCUAUUUUAAAACAAGAAACACAAACUUUCUUGUCAUGAAUCAUAUUGUACAAGAGCAAGAUAUAAAAUGUUAUUGUGACCACUUAAAGUUAGUUCUCUAAAAUCGAAUUUGUCCCAUGUACCAAAAAUUUAAAUCAGGGGCGGAUCCGAGAAGGUUUGAUGAGGGGGGUGUACUCUGUUCGGGAUGCCCGCUUCUUAUUCGAACCGGUGUUUGGCUUCUGCAGACUCUCCUUUCAACUUUUUGAUUACAACAUUUGCACUCUCCUUUGCAAAAUUUGCCCGAAAAACAGAACCAAAUUUGCUUCUUCCCAGCUUUUCUUGAAAUACAAUGUCACGCUCUUCAAAUUUUGGAAACGACGCUCCAAGUUUUGACCUCUUGGCCAAAGAUGGCACCUUGAAAGAGGCUGCAAUUCUGACCGAAAACAUCUAGGAAAUCUGGCGCGAAACUUCGAACAAAAGACCAUUUUGGUAAGCAAUUUCUAUUGCGUUGAUUAGACGAGGAGAUGACGUUGAUGGUGCAAUUUUCUGUCACUGUGGUUGUUAACCAUUCACCACAAAUUCCCGAAAAUUCCGAUUGGGAUGUAAAUGGCAAACGAUUUUGAUUCGUCCCACUGGAAAAUUCCUGGGACAAACGGAAAUUCUGAAAAGGUAGUCCCGUUUUCCCGAUUGGGACGUUCCGAAUGGAAAUUUGUUUACCAGUUACAAGUUUCUUGAGUUUCGUACCGGUUUCAUGUUAUAACUAGAAUCCAGUGUAGUGUGGCGCGACAAUCCGGAAAUUUUAGGCAAAUGUUGAAGGGCACGUACCGUUCUUACCGACCGAAAAUUCCCAAAAAAAAAAGGCGGGAAUUUUUUUAUAUAUGGUAAACAACCUGUCUCUCUCUCGCGCGCGCGCGAGCGAUACUUCGCCGCCACUGAUCAAAACACAACAUCAAUCGUGACAGUUUGAAUGAUUAAUAAAACUGUCUAUUUUAUUCGAAAUACUUUUGUUGUUGGCAAACAAAAGUGUCCCUUUUGAGAAAAGUAAUAUCUAUUUAAUUUCUUUUCCGACCGGAAAUAUUGCGUGACAGAAAGCAGGAGCUACUGGAACAUCACUGUACCUAAGUCAUGUUUGUCAUAUUCAGAUCCUAUGAAACGUAGCAAAAAACCCUUUUCUUACUUCGUCAUAAAUCCUUGUUAUAUCACGCCAUGUUUUAUCACUCCUUGUUUUAUUAAUCAAUGCUUUAUCACUCCAUGUUUUAUUAAACCAUGUUUUAUCACUCCAUGUUUCAUUAAACCAUGUUUUAUCCCUCCAUGUUUUAUUAAACCAUGUUUUAUUAAUCCAGUCCAUGUUUUACCAAUCCAGUCCCGUCCAUGUUGUAUCACAUGCUAAAAAAAUGUUAUGUCAUUUAGGACCAGUAGUCAUUUAGGACCACUACUUUUUAGAGAGGCUUUUAUUAGAUAGUUCACUACCCUUUUUUCUUUUAUUGUAUAUAUUUUCCUUAGUUAAUCUUAGCAAGUUGAAUGUAUCUAACUUUUUUUUAGAAAUUAAUUUCUACAACUGUUAUAUAUUUUCUCUAAUAACUCAAUUUUUUUUUAUUUUUUAGAAUUACGAUUAUUGUAAAGCGCCAUUGAGCUCACGGAAAUGGCGCUAUAUAAAUUCUUGUAUUAUUAUUAUUAAUAGUAGUAGUAGUAGUAUUAGGCUCCUUAUAGCGCAUAGUGGAAUAUUUUAGGUUUCUGUUACUCAAAAUAUGAAAAGUUAUGAUUGGAAUAAAACACUUACUGUCAAACUCAGAAAACCGUAAACAGGUGAAAUUUUGCAGGAACGUUGAUUGUGUACUGGCAAAUCUCAAUAAGGUUCAGGAUGCGCUAGUAAACCUCAAAACCACUAACUAGUUACCAUUACUGUUUGCGGUUUAGUUCUCUCGCGCCUUAUUAGCUAAUUUCUCGCAACACAAUAACAUUCCGUAAAUAUUUCUGGUGUUCACGGUUUUGUGAGUUUCACAGUAAGUAUGAGAUUUAUAAUCACAAUUAUUACAACAACAACGACUUAUUUCUAAUUUUCAAGUUACAGUACUAAUCGCAGAGCUUGUUGCCCUUAACUAGCUUAUAAGCUAGUCGAGGCGGGCACCAGCGGAGAGAAAAACAUUGUGACAAAAAGACUGAUCGAACAAACGAAUGAAUAAAAAAUAUAAAUGCUAAUUACCCGAGCAAUUUGGCUUGCUCGUAGUGAAAUGUACCUGUAACAUGUGAGGCCAAGGUAACGUUUACAAUUUUUUGCAGCUUUUUGAAGAUCGAAAGCACACCAAAACGACGACACUCAAAACAUAAGAAGUCAAAGCUCAAGCGUAGUGUAGAUAUGGACAGUGGUUGCACCUCUAAGGGAUUUAUAGCCCACUCACCCAGUCCCAGACCUCUUUCAGACUCAGAAUGUACAACGCCUCAGUCCUGCAGCGUCGAUGAAAAUACACGAGAGGCAACAAAUGACACUUUACUAUCGCCUACUGAAGAACACGAGGUACACAUAUGUUUGUUUAAUAAGGAACGUUCAUUUCCAAGCUUCCUUGAUUCCCUUUGUUCCUCUUUAAACUUGUUAUGCACCGGUCAAUGUAAAUCCCUGUCCCAGCUCCCCCUCAACCCCGGGACUAUGCGGGGAUUAAGCACAAAUAUUGCGCCGCGGUAGGCGGGGCAUUAGCCUUAUUCGGAAUCUUGUGGUACUGUGGGCGGAGAUUACGCCGGAAGUAGACUUGAAAAGCGCUGACCGUUUUCGCGUCAGCGGUUAUUCCACGAGGUCAGGUGAAGUGCGGUGAAGGGGGAAUUUAUGGUAAGUGUUUCAUUUAUUGCUUGAUAUAAUACCUUUUCAUUCCUCGUAGAGGAGUUUAAUGCGUAUCGCCUUUGAACUUUUUGCUCUUUGGUCGAAGUUGGAAAAAAAAUCAUGUUUUGAGGAGUGAAAUGUCCAUUUUAUAUUAUUGUGGAUGAAUUCGCUUUGGUUCAAUGUUCGUUCGACGUCUACCAGCGCUACAUAUGCAAGGAUUAGGAGGUAUGCAUGUUUUUGAUUGGAUGAAAAAAAAGCCAGAAAGUAAGCAGUGAAAACAAAUACAAAAUAUUUAUUUAACAACAGUUGCACUGACAAUAAGGCUGUACAUGGUUUAAGCCCUGAAUACAUUUCAAAGCUUUUCACUUUUCGAAAUAGUAAUAAGGAUCUGCAGGGCAUAGAUAUCCUAACCUUGCCAAGGGCUGCCACCACCAGCUAUGGGCUUCAUUCUGUCUCUUAUUAUGGCAGCAAGCUAUGGAAUUCCCUUCCUAACAAUAUUAGAGCUAUUCCAGAGUUAAGAAAAUUUGAAUUCGCCAUUUCUGAUCUCAUAAUGGAUACUGACUACUGCACCUUUUGUGGUUAGAAUUUCAUCGAAAUAAGUCAGUUGAUCAAUUACUUUUUCAUACUCUGUACUAUAACUAUUAAUAUCUAUUAUUUAUUUUAAUAUAUUAUUUAAUAUUUGUAAUAUUUAUUUUUGUGAUACAUAUAUACCUGGAUUUUUGAAAACCGGGUUAGCAAAAAUAUCAACUCAUUCUACUAGUUGGCAAUUUAAAAGAAUAAAAUACGUUCAAAGGCCGAUUAAAACCGUUUAUCUGACGCCGGGCAGUAAGUUAAUGGUCCCUAGAAGCAUUCCAACGAGUCCAAAUUUAAAAUGACGCAAAUUUUAGAACAUUUAUUCCGUAAUCUGGCUUCGCGAAGUUUCAAACCGGUGUCAUCUCAGUCUAGAAAUUUUUUAAGUUGAGUGAAGUGCAGCGAAAGAGUGCCUGGUUAAGGCUUACAUAACAACGUAAAUAGUUAGCAAAACACAACUUUUUUCGCGGUCCGAUAAACAACAGGAUUUCGCAUGGAAUAGACAACAAACUGAAUGUAACAUAGUGCACAAAUUAUCAGCUUCUUAUCUGCCAAAAUCGGCCUAUGGUUCAAUGACAUUAGAGCCCGCUGAAACUAGACGUAGAUCCAAUUUUCCUAAGUCGAGAGUUGCUUUUACAAGGUACAAUCAGCUAAGCUAAACACCGACCAAACAGUGUUAAUGGCUGGCACAGAAUAUUUUGGCCAAACCGCAGCUCAACCAGGCGAUCACAUACCUGUCAACACCAUGCGGAAAUCACACAAUCACACACUUUUGCGACACUGAUAAGACUAUCCACAACCACGCAUAAUCUUCUCACGUUCAACAUAAGCCUAUUGGCAAAUAAACACCUCUGGACUUUUCUCUUACACUCGUCUUAUUAAAGUUCCCGGAUGUAGAGUCACACGGUCGGACCACCUUAGCCUUGUUUUAACACCAGAAAGAAAAGAAAGAGGCCCGGGUCAAAGUUCGCCUGCAAUUUUGCUCGCACCUAAUUCAUUGGACUCCUAAGAGCCUGUUCCCGAAGCCAAAGACUUAGUGGUCACCUUAGAAAAGCGAACAAUAUCGUACCUUUCUGUCUCAGCCCGGAUCAGGGUGAUUGAUCCGUUUAGCCAAAUGAAACGAGAAUAUAAUACGAUAUUGGACGAAUCGUAAUAACCUUGUCCCAUCUCAGAGCUUUACAUGAUUCUCUCCGGGAGACCAAUAUCUAAAAGUAAACUGUUAAACGACACCAAAACCAGCUUUAGGCGCGCACUGAUUUCAAAUAACUGUCACUUGUAUUAAAGAGAGAAUUGUGGGUAGGGACAACAAAAACAUAAUUGUGGGGGGGGAGGUUAGAUAGUACUUCUGUCCACAUCCCUAACUCCCUAACCACAAAACAAGCCAAAACAAACGACAUAAGCAAACAACAGAGUAAACAAGCUAUUAGACAGGCAGGGGAAGUUGAGGAAAAUUACAAAAUGUUUGCUAACCCGGUUUUCAUAACUCCAGGUAGAUAUUCUUAUUUAGUAUAUACUAAAACAGUGGAUAGUGUUUUUCGCGCGCUCUGAUUGGCUACUCAAUGAGUGACUAUCCUGCACUAUUCACUGAUUCACCUCCAGUUCCUACGAGCGAGAGACGCCAAACUCGCGUAAGUUGCAAAAUGCCUUUCCGGUUUACUGCCGUAACAAACAAAGAAAUUUCACGACUAAUCAAGCAAGCUGUUUCCGAAAUACACGAAAAAAGUGACGAAGCUCGGGGUGGAAGUUUUCACAGGUAAAGCUUUGUCUUUUUGACUUGAAUUUAUCGAUAAAACCGGCGAAAAAGUUUUGUUGUUUACAAAUGCAAAUUAAGCUUAAGUCUUGCGUUACUUUUUGUAGUUGACUUGCUCAUAAAUAAGCUUAAAACUAAAUCUAAUAAUCCUUUUUACAGAAUGAUUUUAAAUACAAAAAGAAUUCACAACUCCUUUUGAGGAAAUUUCCCCGGAAGAGCUAAACAAAUGCCUUCAAAAGUUUUAUUUGCCGGCAAGAAAAAGCGACGACCGCGGCCGUUCGGUCAUUGCGCGCCAAAAUUGUAAUCGUUGCAGGCAACAGUAAAUGAGUUAAAAAUCAUCAUUUUUGUGCUCAAUUAUCUCACUGUUUUAGUAUAUACUAAAACAAUUAUUCACCUCAGUGUCGGUGGCUAGUCUUGACGAUUGAUCUCGGGAUUGUCGAAUUUAUAAAAAAAUUUAUCGAGCGGUUUUUGGAAAAAUGCGAAAUUUUUAGGCAUGGACCAAAUUAGGUCCAAAAACUGUAUCAAAAGCAGCUGAAUGCAAGGUAAUAAAAUUCUUGUUACUCGCGAUCGCCCGGAGCAAUUCCCCUCUUUUUUUUGUAUGCAGUUUACAAUGGAAUCAAAUCACUAUGAGAUGAAGCCUCGUUCCCAAAGCUUAUCAUUUUCUUAAAAUAUUAGCGAAUUGUGUGGCUAGCAUGCUAUUUCACUGUUUUUAUUAUUCUUAAAACUACAUUUCAAAAUAUUUCGAAAACGCUCUCAUAGAAUUUGUUCAAACUACGCCAUAGUGGAGGGAAUUAUACCAGGUACAUACUCCCUUAAGCGAUUUCUUCAAAAAACUCCUGGAACAGAGAAACACAAAGAUAAAUGAAAAACGUAAUGGCGUCACUACGUUGCCAUGGCGGCUCCGAUUGCAAUAAAACCCAGAUCAUAAGAAAUUUUCACCUUUAUAUAAUACAGUUGUGGUAACCUUUUUUCCAUAUCUUUACUCAUGCCGACGUAGUUGAUGCUCAAAGUUGGGAGGUAUCAACCCCAAAAAAUCCAGUCAAGCCACCUUAAAAACGGAAGUGAAGACAUUGGUAAAAAAGGGAAUCCAAUGUACAAUGAUACUAAAAAAGCACGGAUUUUUUAAAAAUCAGAAUAACUUUUUAACUUUAAAAUCAAUUCGAUGUUGUUGUUGUUGUUGUUGUUGUCAUAGGCCACUUGCACUUAGAGGUCACGUGACCAAUGUUUCCUUUAAACAAUGAGUUGGAAUCUUGCUGAUGCCAAAAAUUGACGGAGGGCAUAAAAAAUAUCAUCUUACACCCGAAAUUUGAGAGGAAACGCAUUUAAGGGAGAUAUUUUAUGGCGCCUUGAUUUUUCAACAAAGUAGUAUGAUUUGUAUUGGCCGCCAUGUUGAAGGGCAUACUCUUGCCCUCCAAGAUGGCGACCAAAACUACUUUACGUUCAGAUAUGCUCAAAACUUUACCACAUCAUCUUUUCAACAAUUUCCUUGAAUUAAGUGCAAAAUUUCUGUUCAGAAAGAGGUAAUUCAUAGCACAGGCGGCCCAGACGUAGUAUGUGUCAAAUGAAUAUAUUAAUAUUCACAUGGACAAAAUAGGAUGAGUCGUCGAGACUCCCAUGGACUAAAAUAGUUCAAAAGUCAAAAUAUAACAAAACAAGGCUAAGGUACCUUUAACUGAAGGUAUCCUUGUCUUUCCUGGCCGGUUAAAGUGGCAUUUGGUGAGUUUUGCAAUUGAAGGUACUAUCCACUAAAGAAGAAUUAAAGGCUGGCUACAAAACAAACGGACCAUCUCCACGCGCCUUCAGAGAAUAAUCGACGAAUCCGCUCCAAAUUGCCAUCGGUUAAUCUGCAGGUAACGUGUGCUCCUGCUUCUUGCUCGCUGGCUCCACAAAACCCAUCGCAACUGCACAAUAAUCGCUCGCUCAUCAACAAACACUGUUGACCUUUACGCUUCGAUAUCACAGCAAACUACCAGUGUUAAGGUGGCUCGAUACAGUUUUACAGGGUCAAUACCUCCCAAGUUUGAGCUUGAACUACGUCGCCAUAAACAAGUUUCAUUUUCACGUGAACAGCAGUAACUAACAGUGCAUUUGAAAUAUGCAAAAAUGCUAGCUAUUGUUGUGCACGAAAACAUGUAACUUGGAGACAAUUCCCCUGAAUAAUGAGAGGCUCUCACUUGUAAACACAAAAUUUCCGAAAAAAUAGUAGCGAAUUGUAGUCCUUAUUUUACUGCCUUACGAUAUAUCAAUAAUCUUGAAACUAAGAGGUGAUAUAAAAGGAAGGUUAAUGUCAAGAAUCUUAAAUUUAAGAAAAAUCUAUCGGGCGGUUUAAAAAUUAUUGCUAAUUUGCUAAAGUAGACCAAAAUGUUUACAAACCGCUAACAAGAGUGUCUGGAUACAUACUAAUCAAAUCCUUCUUUCUAGCAAUCGGCUGGAGCUAUCUCCAGGAUCUUUCACACACGUUUUUUAAAAAGAUUGAACCUACUAUGAGGUAAAAUGGCAUGCCAAAAGAGCUUCGUUUUCUACAGAAAAAAGCCGAACAUCAAGAUUGUCCAUUUUUUUACCGUAUUUCUAACUAUAAAUACUUUAUCCCAAAAUAUCUCGGUAACGCUCUUACAGAUUUCGCUUAAACUUCACGAACAUCGAGGCGGCUAUUGGAGUAAAAAGCUCCCGUGAACGAUUUUGCAAGAACAGUUCCCAGUGUCGAGAUAUACUGCUGCAAGUAAAAUAGGUAAUAGCGUCAUUUCGUUGCUAUGACAACUCCGAUGUCGUUGCACCCUGAUCAUAACAAAUUUUCAUCUUUAUCUCAUACAACUGUGGUGGCAAUUUUUCUAAAUGUUUGUUUAUGGCGACGUAGUUUAUGCUCAAACUUGGGAAGUAUUGACCCUGAAAAACUGUAUCGAGCCACCUUAAUACGCGACAAUGCAGCACUUGCUAUGGGAGGGAUGGUACUAUUGCUUCUAGGUCAAUCAAUCGGGAAAAUAAUAUUGAAGCCCUUGUAAUUUUCAGAAAGAUCCAAUUUGCCCUAGGAUUACCGAACAGAUACGAAUUUUAUAGCGGAGCUAAAAACAAAUGAGCGGCAGUGGAAAAAGUGAACAAGAAUUUCCUCCAUAAAAAGUGAAAACCUUCUGGACGUUUCACGUUGCAGUCAUGCAAAUCAACGGCAAGGAAAUGUACAAGAAAGUGUGCUGCAAUUAGACCUAUUGUUGUUUCUCACAGUUUUGGUCGAGGGCAUCCAACGACUGUUUUCUGUAAAAUAUCUGUUCGGAGAAGCAAAUUUUGCCUAGAAUUUUCUUUCACGUGGCUAAAAAUUUCUAGAUGACCAUUCCAUUCAUGUACAAUUUUCGAAGCUCAUCUAAUCUUGCUAAUAAAUUCCCUACGAUUUUCUGAAGUUUAACUUUUCACAUUUCACUCCCCGGCCGCGUUAGGCUAUUUUUCGUAGCGAGUAAAAAGGAAUCCUAAGAUUUUCAGAUUCAAAAAUGUGAUGAGAGAAGGAAUCUGAAAAAUCAUCUCCUUCGUAAUACGUUAAAUUGCAUCUAAAAUUUUCAGGAAAAUAAUUCUGAAUUCCUCGUAAUUUCGAAGAGACUCAAGUUCCCCUAGAAUGGCCGAACACUGAGAUACAAAUUUUACAGCGCCACUUAGGGUGCAUUUCAUAGAGCUAAAAGUACUUUACGAAUAGCUAAAAAAGUGUUUUCAAUGUAUUUGAGGAAACCGUCGUUGGGUGCCCCUGGCUCGUUUUCUUCUCUGCUUAGCAUUACACGAUUUUAUAUUUAGUAUGAGCAAACUGUAAAUAUUAUCAAGAGCUUCGCUUUUAGCCCUCCUGACUAAAUUUAUGUAUUAGGGCCGAAUAGAAUGCAUGUUUAGACAUCGAAAGUACUCUGGACAGCCUUAAAUGUGUUUUCAAUGCAUUUAAGGGAAAAUCGUCGUUGGGUGCCUCCGAGUUUUGAAAAUCAUAAUAAAAAAAGAUAUCGCGCACAUAAAUUUUACUUUACCAUAUCUUCAGCUGAUCAUAUCUGCAUGGAAAAGGCGCGUUAUAAAUUUUCAAUUAUUAUUAUUAAUUAUUAUUAUCGUCUAUUCAGUUGCGUAGCCGAGGCCAGAUUUUGCCUUUUUCCUGGGCGGAAAAUCCUCGUCCUCCCUCACCAGUUUGGACAACAUAUUGUGGAGUAAGACGUUGUUCUGGAAAGAACUGUUUAUUUAAUUAAUCUAAGCAAACAGGUCUAGUAGAGUCAAGAACCUAGCUAUGCAAGCGGCUGGACUAACAAUGUGACAGCAGCUGCGAACGUUAGAAGAAUUCGAACUUGAAAACCAGGGCCGCCCUGUUGAAAACUUACGGACGGUCGGGCGAUCGCCUUUUGUUUUCUGGUCAAAACUAACGCAGCGGACCCUCGCUCAGUGUCGAUUGACCUAGAAGCAAUAGUACCAUCUCUCCCAUAGCAAGUACUGCAUUGUCGCGUGAACGCAGUCGCUAAGGUUGAAUAUUCGCGUCACGUAUUAAACCUUGUAGUUUGCGGUCAUAUCGAAGCGUAAAGGUCAACAGUGUUUGUUGAUGAGCGAGCGAUUAUUGUGCAGUUGCGAUGGGUUUUGUGGGCCGCCUGUGACCUGACCAGCUACGAACUGACUCAUUGAGCUAUUCUGAAAAAAAUAAGUGUGGAUGCUGCUUCAAGUCAUUUGACCUAAUUCGGCUAUCGCGAAUAGUACAACGCGGCACGUAUUUCAUAAUUUAUGAGUUCUAUUUCACCUGCUUCAAGGUAGAGUAUAAAAGAUCAUAUAUUUUUCAAAGUUCUUCCAAUGAAACAAUAAUUGAAAUUUAGAAAUGGACUUUUAUUCUGAAGGGUAUCAUGCAGCCUAUAAAUUUUUGUUUUAGAAGUUUGAAAGGCAAGGCGAGUAUUGUUAAGUAAAGACGCGUAACCUAAGUCGAAACGGUAGCGGUCAGGGAAUAGUCCAGUUUCGAAUUAAAAAUCACCGCUGAAUACAAACAUUAACGACACAUUUAUACAGGGUUAGCCUGGACGUAAAGUAAAAUAUUCAGAAAUUCUGGAAAGAAAGUUUUUGAAAUUUGAAUAUAGCUAUUUCAAGAAAGGUUGUCGAAAAAAGUGCACGCGACAAUCCCGAAAGGUAUUGUGGGUGAUUUUGAGUUCACUAUUUUUCAAAGAAAUUUCAAAGAAUGGCACGAGAAGCCAUAGGUGUAUGUUUGCGAGUGCUAAAAGAAAGCAACAAAAGUAGAUUCGACAGCUACAGUGUCAGGAAAAGUGCAUUGAUCAUAUCCCAUAAUAUAUAGAUUUAGCCAGGGCUAACAGCGAAGCUCCCAUUAAUAAAUUUAUAAUUUAAAUCAAACAAUAAACUUGUGAUCCACAAAUCAGUUAAGUUAAGGGCACAUUCAUGUGACUUUUGAGGGAAAGGCUAAGUUAUUUCUUACAUGGAGUUGAUCGCCUUAUAUGUACACCCAAAAAAUAGGAAACAUCUUCAAUCACAUUCAACAGCCAUAAUGGCCCUUGAUCACAGUAGAUUAGGCCUCGAAAACAAAUUCUUGGAAAACAAAUCUGGAGGUGUGUAAACCAACCUUUUAUACUCUUUAUACAUCACAUAUGAGGUGAAUUCAGUAACUUUGUCGGUAGUCGGUUUAAAUUUUCGAUCUUUGUCGGUAGUCGGUUAAACGUUUCGAUUCUUGUCGAUCUUCGGAAAAUCUCAGUGAAUAAGUAAAAACGCUUGUUGAUUAUUAAUUUUUUUAUAAGUAUUUCACCCACUUUUUGAGACUUUGAUCCCUAAGGAAAAAGUAAAACUUGUAAGAAUACAUCAUUUGAUUGCACUUUAACUUCAUUAACCGUCUUGUUUGUUUAUGCUACAUGAUCGUUUAUUUCACUAUUGUUUGCCAAAUGAAUAUGAUGAAUUUUGAUAAAAUCACCAAAGCUUUUAUUGUAAAUGCGAACUUGGUUUCCCGGUAGACUACAGGGCGCAGUAAAAAGUAAUUAAUUAAUCAAUGGACUCUAGCCUUUUGGAUACUUUUUAGUGAAAAACUGCAAGGGGUGACAGGCUGCACAUCUAUUCCUCCUAUGUUUUGGCUCCAACAAGCAUGUCCUUUGCCAUCAUAAUUUUCCUUUCUCAGAGAUAUAGCACUUUAGGUGGUUCUUUAAAAUUUUGUCAAGGUAGUGGUUGGUUUUGUAUGAGAUUCCACUUUUUCAUUAAAGCUUCUUUUAUAAUAGACACUAAGGGCUGGUAUUGUGUCACGAAAGGCAAUAUUUCUUUUUCUUCCUUGUUGUUCUGUUUCAGGAGAGCUGGCUUUCUUUCUGUGAGUUUUACUUCUAAUAGCAAUUUUUCUUUCCCUGAAAAUUGUGUGGCUAGCCUCUGUCCAUCAAGCGCUUUUGAAAUCUGAAAUACUUAGUCCUCAGAGGAGUUUGUUCGUAGGAUUCUCAAGGCUUCUCGUUUGUGCAACAAGCGCUUUUAAUUAACAGUUGGUGGAUGAUAAGAGGUGAAAAUGUAUAGACUGUAAGGUUUCCGUUGAAAAUGCGUCUUUACAUCAAGGAUAGCUUUUUCUCAUUUUUCGUUGAAUGUUGUGCCUUGUUAUACAACUGUUUCUGAAAAGAAUGUCUCAUUUUCAGAUAUUACGGCCGUGAAUUUCAUAGUAGGGUGAUGUAAGUUUACUUGUUCCGCGAAGAAAGCUACGAUGUCUGGUUUACUUAUGUCCCAUAUAGGGAAAAAAUGUCAUUGUCAUAUAUGUAGCGUUUUCAAACAGUUGGUUUAAUGGUUUAAAGACGGUUUUUGCUUAAUUAAACUUUGUAUUUCAAUAUAUGCCAUGAAAAUGUUGGAAAGGAAACUGCUGUCUUUGUGCCCAUCGCGGUACCGUGGGUCUGUACUGAUAGUGCUUUCCAUUAAACGGGAAAGAAUUUUCUUUGAGGAUUAAUCUAAGCAUUUCUCGGACCGAAACAAGAAACGUUCGGUUUUUUCACCUUUGUCGUUUCAAUAAAAUUCAUAAAGUCGGUAGCAUCUUUAAGGUGUGACUUCGCGAUUUGAUAUUUUUUUGAUGGCUUUAGCAAUGUACCUGUAUCAAAAAAAAAGGAAAUUCUUUCCGUUAGGCCAUCUGAUGAGUCAUAAAUUCAAAGAGGUUACUUUCUUCCUAGAAAAAAAUGCAAAAUGCUCUUUUUUCUGGAAACAAAUAGUGAUAAUAUCAGCCAUGUCGGUAGUCGGUUAUAUUUUUCCUGUCGGUAGUCGGUAAUUUUUAAUCAUUUGGUCGGUAGUCAGUAAUAUUUUUCACCCAUUGUCGCUAGUCGGUUAACCCCAUUCACACCCUCUUAUAAUACAGACCUCGGACAGAACGCGGCAAUUUUUCAAGACAAAUUGCACGUAUUAGUCAAUAUUCAGGACGAUCAAUCGUGGGCUUUUAGCGAAACCGUUCAAAACAAUUCCAAAAUCACCCAUACGGCCAGCCGGUUCUCAUUUCUAGUGCGAGCUGUCAGUGUGGUCGAGUGUUUGAAUGAACUUUAAUAGAGUUACGCUUCAACAUAAUAACGAAUUUAUUAUUAUUAUUUUUUGUUAUUUAAUGGUUUCAGUUAUAACGAUGUGUAAUCGUAUAAAGCGUUUGAUACGCGCGACAUUUUUGAGUACUCCUGCAAGCGAUGUUCAUGAACGAUGAAAACAAACGGCACCUACCAGCGAUGAAAAUUGCAAAAGAGACUACUAACAAUCAAUAAAAGAAAUAUAAUUGGGUGAAACAUUUACAGAGGCAACAAUUUUCAUUGACGAAGACAGGUGUUAAAGUGUGUCUAACAAUGCUGAGUCUUUAAGCUUAAGUUAAUUAUGUUUUACUUUAAGCCGGCCUCCCGGUGUUUGCUUUUUUCAAAGAUGAACUCCUCGAAGCAAGGAAAUCGCUCAAAGGUUUCUUUCUACAUCCAAAUUUAUAACUAAAUAUUCUUCGUAACGUUUUCUUUCUAUUUGCGGUGAGAAAAUAUAUCUCAAGGCCUUUUAAGUUCUGUAAGCUUAUAUCUAUAUCAAACCUGACACUAGGUCAGAUCAUUGACUCAAAUCUUACAAACGUGCAUAAACUUGCCGCAUAAACUGUGCUCGACUUCAUGAAAUUAGAUAUAACAAAAACAAACAUCAAAUACAAUAAUUACUCAGGCUUACCAUUCGAGAUUCAGUUCCUGAAAGCUAUCAAGGAAGGUCAUAGUUGCUUGAGACUUUUAAACCCUCUUACGCAUUAAGCAAGGUGAAAAACGAAAACGAUGACAUCCGAAAUCAGGCAGGUACAAAAGUCGGACCGGAUCAGCUCGGACCGCCAGUCCGGGUCGGAUCAACUCGGAUCAACUCGGACCAACUCGGAUCGAAUAAAAAAAUAAAAAUAAAAUAAAAUUGGACUCGGAUCAACUCGGAUCAUAAAAAAUAAACAACUCGGAUUAUAAAAAGAAAAAUAAAAUCAGUCGGUAUCACUUAACUUUCACCCGCCAUUUUGUUUUUUUCUCACGAACUCGUGGUUGCGUAAAUUAAUUUUAUUUUUAUUUUUAUUAAUUUUAAUGAUACACUACUGAGCAGCACACAUACACUUCCAGUGAACAUAUUCAACUUGGAAGGAGGAGAAAUCAUGCUCGCCCGGGACAACGAAAAUUUUCGUACCCCAGGCGAGAAUUGAACUCACGACCCUCCGAAUACUACAUGUUUAUCGGACGUUCCAACCACUGAACCGGAGGGUCGCGAGUUCGAUUCUUGCCCGGGGCAUGGAAAUGUCCUUUGUCCCGGGCGAGCAUGGUUUCUUCUCUUUUCAAGUAGAAAAUGUUCACUGGAAAUGUAUGUGUGCUGCUCACUAGUGUAUCAUUAAAAUUAAGUUUCAGAAGUCUUGCAGAAAAAAAACAAACAGGAACAAACAAACAAACACUCUUCGGCAACUAUCUAAAUGCGAUCAACAGACCAGGCUUUUGAUGCUUUUCUCAUAAAUAAUUCAGUAGUCUAAUAAACAUUCUAGGCGACUGAAACUAUCAUUUCUUUACUGUCCAACCACAACCACGAGUUUAUAACAUGAUCCGAGAGGAACUGGCACUAGUAAAACAAAAUGGCGCCAAAAGGAUGAUCUGGCCUUUUUUACCCUCCAAAUGGGUUAAACUUUCAGUUUUGCUGAUUUAAUUUAAUUUUUUUGAUUGCUCCGAGUUGAUCCGAGUCCAGUUUUAUUUUAUUUUUAUUUUUUUAUUCGAUCCGAGUUGGUCCGAGUCGAUCCGAGUUGAUCCGGUCCGACUUUUGUACCUGCCUUCCGAAAUCGGAUUACCGAAUUUUGACAAGCGACGCAUUUCUCAACCAAAAACCGAAUAAACAAACCAGCCAUGAAUAACAACAACACCAAAAGCUUUAUUUGCAUGACCAUAAAGGAAUUACAGUAUUGCAAAAGCUAUUAGAACAGAAGACUCUUGAUAGCAGCUGUAUUUCAUUUUGUACAUCCAGUGGAAAAAGACAGUUAAAAACAUCACAAGUUGACAGAAAACUCUGUAAGCUUCAGCGCAAGCUGUCAAAGAUGCUGCAUAAAUUUUCCGCAUGAACUCACCUGUCAAAUUUUGACCAAUCAGAGCAUAAAAAUUGGACGCAGAGCGUGACCAACGUGUGUCCAUGGUAAGAAAUGGUCUUCCCGCCUGUAUUUUUAAAAAACUGGCUGAAUUUUAGCGUCCGAGGUCAGUUUGAAAUCAAAAUCUUAAUAGUGCGUGGCCAUAGUGACAUAGGACGCUUCCAUUUAGUCAAAAUUUCCGGAAUUUCUGGUUCGGCGGUAAAUGGAACACGUUUCGUCGGUGCGUCCCACUGGAAAAUUCCCAGAAAAAGUGGAAAAUCUAAAAAGAUGGACCCGGUUUCCCGGUUGGAAUUUCCGAACGGAAUGUCGUGUUCCAUUAACGUUUCUCGUAGUUUGUACCAGUUCCAGCUCCGCGGUCGGGCACCGCGACGUACCGGGGUUUAAGACCAAAUGGAACAACUUUUUACCAAUCGGAAAUUCCACUUUUGCUCCCACCGAAAUUUCCGGUUUUUUUUCCUAAAUGGAAAGCGCCCAGAAACACAACAUAUUUCAUAUGAUCAUUGGAAAAAAUAAACUUGAGCCUGCGAUCAUUUGAAACUGGUAAUUUGUCAACGGAUAAAAUACUCGACCUCGAUGGGUCGACACUUGAGCCCGCGGUACGGUCAGGUGAUACUGGUCAGCGGAUACCCUGUUUUGGCAGCUGUCAAUUGAUGACAACAUUGAUGUGCAAUUAGUUUUCUUCUGGGCUCCUAAACUGGCUAGAAAGUGUGAGAGGAAACAUUGGUUUCCCUGUGGUGCGGACGGUCGUUCGUUCGGUGUACGGUCACGUGAUUACCAAAUUUUCUGGGAUGGGUAGAUUACCUUAGCUAUGGGGCUCCGCCUACGCGCGCGCGUGGAGCUCCGCUAUUACCUUUUGGGAUUGUCGCGUGCACAUUUUAUCCGACAACCAUUCUCGAAAUAUAUAGCUGUAUACACAAUAGACAGAGUAAUAAACAGGGCCCAGUUGUUCGAAGGCCGAUUAGCGCUUAACCCGGGGUUAAAUUUAACCCGGGUUUCUUUUUCUUGCGUUCAAAAGCAUUUUCUCGGAUAAAUUUCUCCGUUAUUUUAAGAGCUUCCAAUAAUAAACUUGUAGACAAAAAGAAUUAAAACUGAAAUGCUUUUUAAGCUUUCAAAUCUAAAUUCAAAUUUCGCACUAACCCUAGGUUAUCUUAACCCAGCUUUGAACACCUCGGCCCUGGUCUUUUUCUCGUUGGAAUUUGUGAAUUCGUUACUUCAGGUGGAGGCUAAGACUGUAAAAAAUGCGUCUUCACUUGUUUAAUUCAAGGACCAUAGCGAACUCGAAAAUGGGCUAUUAAAUUGAAAGAAGCUAGUUGAAAAAAUAAUUACAUAUUCUUUUAUCGAGUGGAAUAACAUCAUAUGAGUAGAAAUAUUUUUCGGCAGUUUGCUAAUUUUCUUGGAAGGAAAUGAAUGUUAGGGUAUCAACGUUAACUUUGCAUGAGGCAUAAUUUAGGGCCUGUUUACAUAGAGUGGGGGACCCCGGUCUAGUGGGGUUGGUUUCUUUUGUUUUCACGCUCUGGAGGACACAAAACAAAAGAAACUUACCCCACUAGACCGGGGUCCCCCACUCCAUGUAAACAGGGUCUUAGAAGCAGAUAUUAUAAAGCCGAGGUGAUUUCUUAAAAUCGUUUGAGCAAAUUUUCUAGUAAACAAUUUGCGUUAUUUUACGUACGAAUUGUAAAAGGGACAAAAGCUAACACCUUCACGUGCAAAUUAUGUGCACGAGUUAUUUUAUGAUCCUGAUUAUUGGAUCAUCACUCGAAUUCCUCACAUACGAACCACGAAAGGGGCAAAGUCCAACACUUUCACUUGCAAACUGUGUGACUGUAUAUCUCAAUCAAUCAAUCAAGCUUUAUUUACGGUAUCACUUUAUUAAAAAUGCUCUUUCAGAGAGCCGUUUAAGACUAGCUUUUCACAGUGAUAAUAGUUACUUGAAGGUACGAAGAAGUUAAGAAUCAACAACUUAUAACACUUAGAAUCAAGUCGUCAGAGUUAAAGACUGUUUCAUUAAUUAGAAUCGCAAGUGACAAUUGUAACCUCGUGAAUAAUGAUGAUGCAACCAUCUACAACAAUGAUGAAAAUCGUAGCAUUUCUCAGCUAUUCGGUAUUCGACAAGCUUCACUUUGAUCUUAAGAAACCAUGAAGAAACCUUGAAACCUUCGAGUCUUCCCUCUAAGCAACGUUUGGUGAGUUGAUAUUCCCUAGGACUUUAACAAUUUGUUUAUUUUGCAAGGAAAAAACAAAAAAAGUGAAUCUAUGACUAUAGUAUGAGGAUCGACUCAGCUGUGCGCAGCGGUUCGCGCUUUCUUUAAUGUACAGCAAUACCCAAUUUCGCACAAAACAUAGUCUUAAUUUAGGAUUAAAACAGUAGAUUGUUGUUAUGGUUACCCUGAAGCAUUCAUGCUUUUAAGAAAUGGUGCGAGUUUGAAAAACUAAAUGACCAUUAUUUUGUUUAAGAUAUGACCCACUAAUGGUUUUUUGAAGGCAAAAUGAUGCCACAUGACCUCUUAGUGCAAUUGGCCUCUUGUACGAAAUGAAAGCUCAUUCGCACGACACAUUGGAUUCUUUCUCAAAGAACCACCUGGGAUAAAAUUAACAUAUCAGUGUAAUUUUCCAGACGAGUAUAAAUUUUGUUCUCCCAUUUGUUUUUUCUUUUGUUAAAGACGUAUAAUUUAAGAUUUGAUGAAUAUUUUAUUAAAUACACCGUAUUUCUUCGAAUAAUAGCCAGGGACGAUACUUCUUUUUUCGCAUCAAAAGAGGGCGAUUAUUCGAGGGAGGCGAUUGUUUCAAAUAUUGCUCACUGGAAGUCGUGCCCAAAAUAUUUUGUUUUAUUAUUCCAUUAAAUCAAAAAAUUAUCACAUCAAAUAAACUGAACAUGGGCUUUUUAAGUGUUCUAAAUUUGGUCCCUUGAGUAAUUUUCAGCGCUUGAAUCGUCACUCAUCAGUUUUGCUCGAUCAGGUUCCACUUCAACUUGACAGGGAGGGGAUAAAAGAAAGAGAAGAUGGCGAGAGAGAUGGGGAGGGAGCGAUUAUUCGAGGGCGGCGAUUAUUUUAAAUAUUUCUACCAAAGGAGGGCGAUUAUCCGAGGGAGGCGGUUAAUCGAGGGACGGCUAUUAUUUGAGGAAAUACGGUUGGGGGGGAGGGGGGUACAUUGACUGGUGCAUUACAAGUCGACCUCUCAUAAGUUCUUAAAAGCCAGCGAAGCGAGCUUAAAUGAGCAAAAGCAGGGAAGCGAGAUAUACUUUAUUUUAUUUUAUUUUAUUAGCUUCGGGUAAUCAAACAAAGUAACAAAGGAAAAUAAAGUGGCAGGGAUUCCGCAACAGCGUGAGCCAGUUACUGCGGGCCCAGAGAAUUAAAAUAUAUAAGAAUAGUUAAAAUACAUAAUCACAAAAUUAAAAGCAACACGAGACAGGCUGGGCAAGACUACGACACGUAUUACAUUUAAGACAGAAGACAGACUUAAAAGUGCGGGCAUUUUCCCUGUCGUAAUAACUUAAUACUCUUCCAUUGGCUGUUUAAAAUCAUUCAGGGCGUUCAUGCGCAGGUUCAGUUCAUCAGCAACAACGUUCCAGACGCGUAUGCGUCUGAUGAUAUAUAACUUUUGAUAAGUUGCUGACUGCAUAACAUUUAGGCUCUACGAAUUUAAUAACACCACUUGAUGACGAUGAGGUAGGCCUCGUGAUGCGAGCUUUAGGAAUAAUUGAUGGAACUACCGAUACGAGAGCAUAAAUGACUUAAAAAAACACACACACACCAUCUAGAUGCUCGUGCAAGAAGGUUAAUGGAAGCAGAUCCAAAGUUUUAAGUCUAUCCAUGUAAUAAAUUGUCCAGGAAAAAGGCAAUUUGAGAAUAUAUUUAGUGAGGUCUCGCAGCGACCAAGCGAGCGAUGAAGUCGCGAGGUGGUAUAACCAACCAGCAAAAAAGUAAUGGACUUUAAGAUAGUAUAUUUCCUCCUUAUCAACUAUUGAUCCAUAAAUUGCUUCGCUUAAUUACAAUUUAUUCUUUUUUUUUGUUGAGGUCUUAAAUCGUGAUUGCUCAAAGACUGCGGGUUUUGACUUCAGUAAAUACGCAAAUGGCGCGGGAAUUCCUGCCUGGUCAACAAGAGUAAGCUCUAGAGGUUCAUUUACAAGCUCCUGGUCAAGCGCGGACGGAGAGGACCCAGGGAGGUUAACAAGCUCGGAGGAGUCUGCUGAUGAGCAGGUUUUUUCGCAGACUAGCAAUGACUCUAAGAAUGAAUCUACCGGAACCUCUGUGUGGUGUGUUGAUUGUAAAGGAGAUUUGUUGGUGACAGGCUGUAGCGACGGUACUAUUGAGGUAACGGGAAAAAGGGGGAGCAUGAAAGUUAUUCUUAAAAAAAAAUGCUUAUAAAAGAGUGACCUCCUCUUCGCAUUUGUACUAAACACUUCGUGAUAUAAAACACGCCAUGGUCUUCAUUAUAUUAACCGUGGUUAGAAAGUUGAAAUUUCCACAUAAACGUCUUUCGUCGUCUGUUAGCAAGGAACUAGAUGCAUUUCCGUUUCGUGUUUUCUUCUGUUGCUUGCAUACCCAUUCAUUAUUCAACUCCCUUUUUGCUUAGAUCUGGAGUGUGUCGUCAGGUGUCUUGGUGUAUGUAUCACAUGAAAGUUCCAUGGGCGUGACCAAACUUAAAUUUUUAUUCAACAGGUAAGGAUAGGGAAUUCUAUGUUUUCUACCAACUUAAGUGUCUUAAAAUAUAAGUUGCACAGCAUCAACUUUGACCUAGAUCUGAUUGCCACUCAUAAGCGUGCAUUUAAGGGCGGUAGUAAGGUUGAUGAUCCACAACGAACGGUUACAUCCGAUUUACCGCCAGAUGCGUGCCUUGUAAGGUAAAAAACGCUAAAGAUUCGUACUCUCCAAGGAGAUAUGAAUUUUCGACCGAUCGAAGAAACGAGCACUUUGCCUGAUGCGGAUCAGCAACAAAUAAACAAACUUGUGGCCGCUAUCACAGGUCAUAGAUGUCAGUCGUUACCGUUUUAUUUGACUGAUUAAACUCUAGGAAUUAUUUGCUGAAUGUGACUGAGUAUCAGCCAGUAUGUGCGGUUUGCAAUUAGUCAUGUUCUAUUGGAAGCAACCGUUGUAAGAAAAAGCGGUUCUGGUUGGAGUUCCCAAUAAAACACUUUUCCAUCCAAUAAGUAGAGGUAAAAUACUUGUUAAUUACGCUGGAAUCCCUUUGUUUCAGGUUUUUUUCAGGUAGAAAAUAAAUUUCUUAACUGAUUUGUCAUUCAUUGAAUUUUAAAAUUUACAGCACUCCCUGUGUCUCAAAACAAAAGCCUAGUUAUAAAAUGCUUUUCGCCAACUAUUAGUAAACUAUUUGGAUCUGUGAAGAAGUGGAUAUAUUUAAAUAUUUACAAACCUUCUUAUUUUUCACGCUUGAUUUAUGAAAUGCUUUGAAGUUGCGUAUUAAGACGCCAUCGCUGUUUGUUGAUAAGUUUUCCGUGGAGCCAACGCGAGCAGUUCACGCAAAUGUGAUGCGCGAAAUUCGCAGAAGAAAUAAUGCAACACUUGAAAAUGGAUGCCUGCUUAUGGAUGCUACCCACGGUUUUCAACCAUUUUAACCACUUUCUGAGGUGGCUGAACCAACUAAAAACUGUUUUUUCCCAGUAGGACACCAAAAAUACCCAACCAACAAAAACGAUCGAUCCUAAUAGAACACGAGCUUAAGCUAAAGGGUUUUAUCACAGUUGAUCGGUGGUAUAGAAAGCACGCUGUGCGUGCUGCCAGGCGAAUAAUGCACUCAAUACUAACUCUGGACUAAUUCUGGACUUGACGGCGGUCAGGCGGGAGGACGGGAAGUUUACGUUAGACACCUUAACCUCUCAAAAACAUUCGACAAGUUACCGCGUCACCUAUUGGUGACCAAACUUCAACAGUAUGGCGUGUCAGGUUUCCGUCCCACAGUGGUUCUUAAGCUACCUGUCAAACGGAUAUCAGCGCGUUGUCUUGGGUGGUGCAUUUUCGGACUGGUUACCUGUGACAUCAGGGGUACUAGAGUGUUCCAUUUUAGGCCCACAAAACACGACAUGCCUAGACACAUUCACGAUGGGUCUAGCAUUGCCGUGUUUAGCCUGUUCCAGGCGUUCAGAUAGUAGAGCGCGGGGGAAAAAUUCACGAAGAAAAAAAACGAGGGGAGACUAGAGGGGGAAAGGGGGAGAAAACGCCUGUAAACAUUCCCUUACAGAGCUCUUUCCGCUCUUAAUUAACCGCCGACCGCGUAACUGCGACAUGAACUACAAAGUGCUGACAGGCUAGACGCACGCGACCCAUAAGCUCGUGAUAGUGUGAAACGUGACCUUUCAGUUAGCUUUCAAUAAACAACAUCAGAGGUCUUCCUUCUUUUAACUAAGCAAAUCUAAUUUCUGUCGCUCUGAACCUAACAUUUAGACGGUCAGUCAUGCAUACUGGGCAAUUAUUUCCUGCGGUUUGUUUCUGAAAGAAUUUGAUUCCAGAUGCAGUUAAGUACUGAUUUUCUUUGACCUCUGUUAAAGCAUUAAUCUUUUUAUUGCGGCUAAAUAACCUUUCAAAUAACAUUUUUUUUUGCCUUUCUGGGCUUCCAUAAAUGAUGACACGCACACCUUCCUUUCACAUUGCCGUGUCUUCGUCCAUGCCUUCCUCCUGUCCCCAACCUAUGGCUGUUGUUGCUGUUAUUCCAAAUCGCUUGAGUUUUUGAUUUCAUUAUGGCUACGAGAGGCGCAACGAUGAUGAUCGUGGAAAUUGACUCGCCAACUUUUCCUGUGAUUACGUUUAUUACUCGUGGAAAGACUAGAAAAAUGAAGGUCUCCCAGAGCCCGUUAGAAGAAUUGCGAAAGCGUGCUGGCCUCGGGAACGAGAUUCAAGCAAAUUUUCUGCUCUUCAAAAAAUAUUCCUCAUACAGGAAAUUCUCGAUUGCAUUGUUUAUAGUAGCUUCGAUGUCCGCGUGAUUCGCUAACAGAUGUCUCUCUCCCUCCAUAUCGCAUUCCUCAUCAAUGUCACCAGUGCUCGAGUGUUAACAGGUGUCAUAAUCGACCAAUAAGAGGGUAUACUGGAAUCCAGUAUACCGGAACGACCCUUUGUUAACAUUGUUUACAGGCGUUCUCUCGCUCUCGCCCACCCCCCGUCCCCCCCCCCCCCCGUUUUCCCGGUGUACAACUCAACUCGCUUCCCACUUACCGCCGCGCUCUACUAUCUGAACUCCUGGAACAGGCUAUGCCGUGUUCGCAGACGACAGUGAGCUAAGUUCUUCCGCUCUAUUGAUUCUGUAAGUUCUGCCGUCUCCCUUCAGGCGGACGUGGACUGUUUACACUUCUGGAGCAUUUAUCAUGUCAUGAGGUUCAACACCGCCAAAUGUAAAGUCUUACAUAUGACUAGGAAGAGAUUCUGGCGAGGACCCCAACACAGCUUCCAGCUCUCUGGUCACAACUUGGCGUCUGUUUCUGAAGUCUCCGACCUUUGGGUGGAUGUGACGGGGCAGCUGUCUUGGGCCACUCACAUUGAGGAACUGUGCGCUAAGGGCAACAGAGUUCUCGGUCUAGUCAAGCGCGUAUGCGGUCAAGAUGUAUCCAACGUUCCAACUAGAAAACUACUGUAUAUGUCGUUAGCUAGAUCCACCUUAAAGUACUCAUCUUGCCGUUGGUCUCCUUACUCAGUAAAGCAUCACAGUUCGCUAGAAAAUAUUCAGCGCCGCGGAACUAAGUUCUUAAUACAUUAUCCGCCCAGGGAAGUACAUGUAGCUUACUUUACAGACUGGAACAACUUGAUUUUCUUCCCUUAGAGAUACGCAGAGAUAUACAUGACUUAGUUUCCCUGUUUAAGUUCACGUAUUCAGCUGUUACUGCAAAGUUCGAUCGUUUCUCGAUACACUACUCGAAAUUGCGACGCUGCAAGUUUCCUUCUUCUGCCCUUUCAUAACCAGGAUUACUUUAUUAAGUCGUACUUCACCUGGACUGUUAGGGCUUGGAAUAGUCUUCCUCAUUUUAUGCAUGCUACUUGUGCUCAACUGUUUAAAAGUUUUCUACAUGCUCACUAUAAGACCAGGCAAAGUUCCUAUCGGCCGCGAUAGUUGCACCUGUAGCACACUCUUUUUGCUCACACUCUUUCUUCCUUCAUAUACAUCUUUUUUGUCCCAUUGUACAACUUUUGCAGUUGCGAAAAGAAAGCUUGAAAAAAAAUUGAAGCUUGUAUUUUAUUCGGCGAACCCUCGACGUUUGCGAUUCCGGUGCAGCGCUCUUACCAAUUGAGCUAACAAGCCAACUGGGAGCAGGUCGUUGAAUUGGUUCGUUGUAAACCCGCGAAAGACAUUGUAGGGGUUGAAAUUCAAUUGGGGCUCUUGUCCUGUUUUCAUCUUCUAUCAGCUUAAUGUUGUUUGUAUGUAUGUAAUUUUUUUCUUGACAAAUAUCAGUAAAGUAAACUAAACUCUGUGUUGUGUUUUCAGUGCUCAAUUUGUUUUGGCUCGCUUGGAUGGCACGUUAGAGUUUUAUAAGCUUGGAUUUUCCAGUAGACCUCGUUUAGACCUGCCCCUACAGGAAAGUUCACCAAUAAAACGUUCCUCACCGAGGUUUACUCGAAAAAUUAAUACUCAGUCAAGUAAAACGACUGAUGCGACACUCAGUGGGGAUUCUACAGCAGUCGCUUUUGGUAACUCCCACGCACACAGUUUGUCAGAGAACCCGUUGUGCAGAAUACGUCAGAAACUAUGGGCUCAUCACCAGCCUAUUAGUGUCUUGGAUGUCAUGGAUGGACGCAUUAUUACCGGAAGUCACGACAGAACACUUAAGGUUAGUAUGUCAUUUUUAUCACGAAGGCGAUUCCUUGCAUAAUAACUAAAGUGCAUCACGGUGAAAACUUGCACUUUGCCAGUUUUUUUAAUAAUGACACGUCCUCUCGAAAAGCAGCUGGACCCGACUCCUAUUAAAUCAGGCCACAAAUUCCAGUGUGGAAGGGUUUCUUUGCAGUAUUUAGAUCCAACCUUUUCCACAGUGCACUGUUGCUUUACAAAGCGACUGGACGAGACCGUUCGUGUGUGUUAAUAGAGCCCUUAAGCACAAUAUUUUGCCAUUUGAGACCUGAGGGCCAUUUUCGGGUAGGUAUUGAUGUUUUUCUGUUAUUCCCUGCUUCAAGUGGAUAGUCUUUUAAAUGGACAAACUGAGAGUCAUUUUCAAGCCGUAGUUUCUUUAGAAAUUUUUUUUUGAUCAGUAAAGAAAGUACAAACGAUAAAGUGAAAGUAAACACAAUUUUAUAUGUUGUUUCGUGAACUUCUUUCAAAUCGACCGCAGUUUUACACUUCCUGCACUCUUGACUAGAAGCCGGUGCCAAGUGCGCUGUAUAUUCGUUUGUUGUUAUCUUAACACAAAUGUGUUAAAGGUAGAUAAAUGUGCUUCGUUGUUACAGUUACCAUGUAUAUUUUCGCUUUUUUCUAGGUUUUUCGAACAGAUGAGUGUAUCUGUGUGUACACAUUACACGGACAUGCAGACAGUAUCACUGCCCUUACUAUCGAUAAGGUAAAGAAGACUGAAAAGAGGCGCAUCAUACGUCUUUGGCUGAAAUGAUUUCUGGACGGGAGAGUAGAUGUCAAGUCUUGUUUGGUUCCUGAGCUGGCUUGAUUAGAUCAAUUUUAAUAAUUUUAUUAUUUAUUUAUUUACUUAUUUCAUAUUUUGCUUAUUCUUGUUUCAUUUAGUUGUUUGGUUGUUGUUGUUGUUGUUGGCUUUUUUUGGUUUUUUUUUUUUUACCAAAGCCUUACAGCCAUUUUAGUUACUAGAACGGGGAGCUGGGAAUGAGCACGGGGAAAGGAAAAAUGGGAACAAAGCAGAGAACUGGAAAUGAAGGCUAGGGUUCAAGUUAGGUUUUGUUCCCAUUUCUCAUUUUCCCGUUCCCCGUUUCAGUAACACCCCCAAUAAGGAUUUUAUUGGGGUUUUGUGACGUUCCCUCUUCAAUUUCCUGCAACCCUCCUUCCGUUUAAACCCAUUUGCUUUUCAGACCAACAACCGUCAAGUGGUCAGCGGGGCGGCCAACGGAGGCGUACGCGUGUGGGAUGUAAUAAAUGGCGAAUGUUUGCAGCACCUGCGUGGUCACGUUAAAUCUGUGACUUCAGUCGCCUGCACAGCAGAGCAUUUGCUUAGCGUAAGUCUGGAGAGUGUGCUUUGUAUUUGGGAUAGAUCACGUGGCGAAUGUAUGCAUCGUUUAAAGCAGGUGAGGGUACAAUGUUUUGCACUAUAUUCCGUAAAAUAUGCCAAGGUACGAAGUUAUGCUCUGUGUUUAAGGGGUGCAACAUGCUGCGGCUAAGGUAAUUUUCGAGGAACCUAAAUACUUCCAAAUAACACCAUUGUUUUAUAGCCUUCACCUGCUGCCUGUUGUUGCUCUUAGGGGGCGUUUACAGGACACCGUGGCGACUUUCGCCCCGGAGCGAGUUCACUCCGGUUUCCUCUCAUGGCUCUAUAUUUGUUUACAUGAUACCACCACAAAAUGUCAUGCCGGUGCGAGUCACCCCAACUUGAGCUCACCCCGGUUCUUUGUACCGGCGCGAGAAUUUCACUCCGGUACGAAAUCUCGCAGCGGUACCAUGUAAACGCGAAACGACUACGCGUUUCGGUGUGAAAUCGGUCUGCCGGUAGACUGGAAUGAGUAGCGCGUUCUUAAUGUUUGCGAUUUUGAAUCACACGUGUAUUUUAUCAACAUGAAGUGUACUUUCAAACAACGAGAUAUGAAAUGACCAGUCAUCAUGUAAACGUGAUACGAAAUACGAAAGACUCGCGCCUGUGCGAGUUUUCACAUGUAAACACCUCCUUAGACUUCGAAAGACGUCGCCUUUUGCAGUAAAAAGUAUCCCCUCUUUUACCAAUUUUAAGAAGUCUUUUAAGACAUUUCGUUUUUACCAGAGUAGUUUACGUUUAAUCUAUCUUAAUCCUUUGACCCGUUUUAGUAGGUCUUAUGCACUUAUUAUAAAGGGGCGUGCGCGCGCUCUGCGGAGCCUUCGUUGCUUGAGAAAUAUCUAUCGAUGCAAGAAUAUAUUUGGUUGUGACAUCAGCGUACGUCCGCCUGACCGUACAGACUGGGAAUAGGGUAGCGGAGAAUCUUUAAGGAAGGGAAAGGGAGUCCCAGACAUGCAACUUGCGUUUGUCUUGGCAUAAAAUUAACCAGUUUAGAAGCAACCAAUAUAUUUACUCCAGUAAAAAGCCAGAUUGGAGUUUCUUGUAGUGACUUAAAACAAAAACUUUCCAGAAUACUUUUUAAAUUAAGGAUAUCCUUUUAACUUGGUCACGUUUUUGGUAAACUUGGACAUAUCUUCGUUUUUGGCCACGCUUCAGGACCAAACUAAUCUCAGAUUGGUCAAAAGUUUGACAGGUGAAUUUAUGCGUAAACACUAUGGAGCGUCGCGAAAUACGGCGCCGCUACUAAAUGAAUUUUUCUGUGAAUCAAGGUUGGUUUGAUGGUUUGUUUAUUGAGCUUUUUUGAAAAAAUAGCCCAUUUGUCAGUGGUUUGAGCGUAUGUAUCUUUGUGGCUUUGUGGCUUUGUAUGUUCGGAUGUCUGUUGCAGGGCCAACAAGGGUGAAGUUACUAUGAGUUAAUGCCUAGGAACCAAUGACAUUUGGCAUCUAACAUCACAUUGCUAAAGGUCAAACGGGCAUUUUGAGACCGCCAUCUUGAUUCUUCACAAUUUUUUCGUCUUUUGUUACGUCUAAAGGUGUUUAGAAGCAUAACAUUGAAAUAUAUUCAUGAAUCAAACUCUGAGUACAGUGAUGCAGCUUUUUAAGGAUCUAUAUUUAAGUGUGGGUGCUGCUUCAAGACAAUCUGACCUAAUUCGGCUAUCGCGAACGGUACAACGCGCGUAUUUCAUAAUUUAUGAGUUCUGUUUCACCUGCUUCAAGGUAGAGUGUAAAAGAUCAUAUAUUUUUCAAAGUUCUUCCGAGGAAACAAGAAUUGAAAUUUAGAUAUGGACUUUCAUUCUAGCCUGGAGUAUGCGGCCUAUGAAUUGUGGUUUUAGAAGUUUGAACGGCAAGGCGAGUAUUAUUAAUCCUGUAAUUAAACAAACUUUAUUCUAUCGCUUACAAAGUUCAACAAACCUUUUUCGUACCGGCAAAAAAAACAUGAAUUAGGUGAACAAAAUGAAACAUGCUUGCUGCUGAAGAGUCACCAUAGUUAUUGAAACGUAUUUUGUGUAGUAAAGACGCGUAAGUUAAGUAUAAACAGUAGCGUCAGGAAACUAAAUUGAAAGAAACUAAUUGACAAAGUAAUUAUGUAUAGAUCGUUUUCACUGUCAGGCAACAAGAAAAUAAAUUGGAAAUAAACCGUCCAGUGGAAGAAGCUAAGAAAAUGAAUGUUAUAACAGGUUAAUUUUUAAACGAUUUGUCCAAGUUUCAGGUCUUUCUGGCCGAAACGUUUCAUACACCUUUGUAGAGCUUUGUAUGGAGACGCCAUAUUGGUGCACCGUUUUGGUGCACCAAUAUGGCCGCCGGAAAUCAACAAAAACGUCUGAAGUUCACUUUUUCUAUAAAAGCUCUUUCUUUUCACUCGAGAACUAGCAUACGUGUGCAUAAACAUAUCUUCUAAUACUUGAAAUGCGUAUACUGCAGAAAAUCAAGAGGACCGACCUUUUUUCAACGAGACAGCAUUCCUUUUCUGGUGUCACGCACUGUGAGUAGUAUAGGCCUCUUUUUUGCGCAGGAAUUUCAUUAACUUGCGCAGGAAGACAUUAACUCCAAUGACGUCAUAACCUAUUUUCUUUAUCUCAUGAAUAAAAUGCGCAGGAAUCUCAUAAAGAUAAGGUCAUGUGCUAUUUUUAGAUGGAUGAUGUCAUUGCCUUUUGUCUUUAUCUCAUAAAUAUAAUGCGAGGGAAUCUCAUUUUUUUCCCUUUUGUGCAUUUCUCAUACAAGAGAAACAAUAGGCUUGCUUAGACUUGCCCGGUAAGUAACUUGAGCCCGGUUUAAACGUCUAUUAAAAGAGAACUAGGAAUAAGAAAGGGAUCGCCUAGCAACGCAAGAAACGGCUUACUAUAUCUUAGUUGGCGCUAAAACUCGAAUAUAUAAACAAAACACAUACAGAAAGUGUUGUUGAAAAGUCUUUAUUACCGGGCUGCCCGGCAAGCCCAGUCAUAAAAUGGGUUUUCGGUCGUCGGUGUCACAAAGUGGUCAUCCGGGGGAGGGAAAACACGAGGGUCUGGUACGUAGAAACGAUGUUCUCACAAAUGGUUUCAUAGGGUUUUCUCUUGCAUGAACCCUUGCACGGAUACUUUUUGUACCUUGUCUACGCUCCCCCUGAAAAACCCACAAGGCGUUGCGAACCUGAAGAAGGCUAUUUGCGUUGUUCGAAGCUAUUCGACCAUGGGAGUAACUCUAUAAUUUUUUUAUUGUUCGAGUUUAAGUCAGUUAGAUGAUGUUGGCGCUGGGAAACUCAGAGAAAUGGUCGCGUUGCAUUCAAACCGACACGCCGUUCACGGUAGGUUCACACUAAAAGACUGAAAAGAUGACUGUGAGCGUCAGGUUUGGAACGCCGUGGAUGCUUCGUGAACUAUCGAUCGAUGUAGUACAUGAGCAAUUAAGAAGCACAAUUUAUGAGCAAAGUAUUUCACCUGUUGACGACACUAUGGUGAUGCGCAUUUCACAUCCGUCAGUGUGCCGCCAACUUUCUCGACCUUUAGGUCUGCUACCCUGUCAGUGAGCUUGUUGGCCGAUUCUUUAGCCUCCAAAUCGCGCGGAGUGUCGACAGGUGUUUCGGUUUCCACCUCUGCUAGGCUGUAAUGCAUCACGUUGACAAGUGCCUUUGUGUACACAUCACCCACUGUCUAGCAAAAAGUUGUCGGCCUUAAUCUCCAGCGUGUGGGCCAGCACGUCGAGCAGUGCCUCUGUCUCUACUUCGAUCUGUGUGUCUUUAAGUGUCUCGGCCUCUAUUCUUUGGUAGGUGUGUGCCAGCGUUUCGACUACUGGCUUGGCCUCCAUAUCGCUUAGUGUCUCAUCUCCUCCAGUGUCCCGGCAAUAUCGACUAUUUCCUCGGCCUUCACAUCGGUCAGUGUGUCGCUUCGUGUCUCAGGCAGCACUUUUGCUAACUUUUCAGCCAGAGUAUCGAGAAUUGCUUGGCCUCAACACUGCAAAGUGUAUCGCCCACUGUCUCGGCUCGGACCUCUGCUUGCCGUUCCGCCAGCAUCUCCACCAGUGUCAAAGCCUCCUAAUCGCCUAGUGUGUCGCUAAAUCUCUUAACCUUUAAUUAUCGAAUCGUGUCAGUCUGCCUAUAGAGCAAUCCCUUAGCUUUUACUUUCAUAGUUUCUUGCCAACAGUCUCGGCCACCACUUGUGCAAGUGUCAGCUAGUGUGUCGACGGGUGUCUCGGCGCCAAACAGCCUAAUGUGGCACCAAGUGUCUUGGCCUUCAACUCUACUUCCAUGCCAGCCAGCGUGUUGACCAGUCGCUCGGCCUACCCAUCACCCGGUGUGUUGACAAGUGUUUCCGCCUUCAAUUGUCGUAUCGUGCAAGCGUUGCCUUCCACAUAGGCCAAAGUGUCGCCAAGUUUCUGGAGCUCCAAUUCUGCUAGCGUGUGAGCCAGCGCUUCGAGCAGUGCCUCGGCCUCUACUUCGACCUCCCUUCACAUAGCUCAAUAUGUCGGCAUUAUUCUCUCUCUUACCUUUGUACCGUGUCAGUCAUUGUGUCCACCAGUACCUCGGCCAUCACAUGGCCGAGUGUGUGGUUAACUGUCUUGGCCUUUACCUUUGCUAGCCUUUCAGCCAGCGCCUUGAGCAAUGCGUUAAACUCCACAUCUCUUCGGGUGUCGCGGCAUGUGUCUUUUCCUCUUUCUCUGAUACCAUAUAAGCAAGCACUUCGACCAGUGCCCAGGCUACCAUAUCACAUAUUACUUUAGCUAGCGUGUGAGCCAACGUGUUCAAUAGUGCUUCGGAAACCAGAUGAACACGUGUAGACAAGUGUUUUGUUCUUUAUCUCUGAAAGCUUGUCAGCCAGUUGGUCAACCAGUGCAUUAGCGUCCACCUCUUCCACUGUCUCCAAGUGUCUCGGCCUUCACUGAUGUUAGCGUGACAACCACUGUGUUGACUAGUACCUCAGCCUCCACCUAAACUAAGAUAUAAGCGAACGUGUCGAGCAGUUCCCUGGUUUUCACUUUGCCCUGUGUCUCAGCAGUUGUUUCGGCCUCCAUCUUUUGCUAGCGUGUCAUGCAGCGCUUCGACCAGUGUCUCGUCCAGUGUUUCAGCUUCGACCUCUGGUACCGUGUCUCAGCCAGAGCAUCAAGUAGUGCCUCCGCUUUCACAUCGGCCAUUGUGUUGCCUAUUGUCUCGGCCACCCCCUCUGAUAGCGUGUCAGAAAGCGUGUCGAUUAGUGCCUCGGCCUCUACGUCGCCCAGUGUUUUCCCAAUUGUCUCAACAGAGCUUUAAUUAGUGCCUCGGUCAUCACAUCGGCCAGUGUGUUUCUUAGUGUCUCCGGCUCGACCUCUAGUAGCGUGCCACCUGGAGCAUCAACAAGUACCUCGCCCUCGAUAUUGCACAGUGUGUCGCUUAGUAUCUCUGCCAUCACUUCUGCUUGCGUCAGUCAGUGUCUCGACCGGUGUUUUGGCCUUCAUAUCGCUCAGUGUGUAGGUAACACUCUUGGCCUGCACUUGUGGAAACGUGUGAGCCUGCGUAUAGACAAGUGCCUCAGCUACAACUUUGUUUAGUGUGUUGAUAUACUUUAGUGUGUUGAUAUACUUAGCCUCCAUAUGUCUUAGUAUCGCAUCUCGUCUAAUGUCUCGGCCUUUAUAUUGGCCAGUUUGUUGGUAUGUGUCUCGGCCUCCAUCUCUGCUAGCGUGUCAGCCUCAGAAUCAAAUAGUGCCUCGGUCAUCAGAUCGGCCAGUGUGCUUCCUAGUGUCUCGAGCUCUACCUCUGGUAGCGUUUCAGUGUGUCGAAAAUACUUUUGGCCUGCACUUAAGAAAACGUGUGAGACUGCGGAUAGACCAGUGCCAAAGCUUCAAAUUCAUUUAUUGUGUCGACAUCUGUGUAAGCCUCCAAUCCUGCAUCAAUGUCACCCUCUGUUUUGACCGGUGCCUUGACCUCCACACACGUUAGUGGGUCCGCAAUUGUCUUAGCCAACACCUCUGGUAGCGUGUCAGGAAACGUGUCGACCAGUGUCAGCCUCCACGUCGCCGAGUGUUUUGCCAACGGUCUUGGCCUCCACCUCUGCGAGAGAAACGACAAGCGUUUAAACUAGUGAUGCGCUGAUCACAUCCGUCAGUUUCUCCCCAACUUUGUCGGCGUUCGCCCCCUGUCAGCCAGCGUGUUAACUGAUGCCUUAGCGUCCAUAUCGCGCAGAGCGUCGACAGUUGUUUGGGCCUCUACUUCUGGUAGGCUGUAUUGAAUCGUGUUGACAAGUGUCUCGGCCUCCACAUGACCCACUGUCACGCAAAACAAUGUCGGCCUCAAUCUCUGCUAGCAUGUCGACCAGCAUGUUCAGCAGUGCCAAGUGCUCGACUUCGACCUGUGUGUCGCUAAGAGUCUCGGCCUCAAUUCUUUGCUAGCGUGUUUGUUAGCCUUUUGACCACUGGCUUGGCCUCCAUAUCGCAUAGUGUCUAUUCUCGUGGAGUGUCCUGGCCUUUACAUCGACCAGUCAUUCACGAAAUGUCUCGGGUCUUACCUCUGGUAGCGUGUCAGCCAGAGCAUCAAUUAGUGCCUCGGUCGUCACAUCGGCCGGUGUGUUUCAUAGUGUCUCGGGCUCUACCUCUAGUAGCGUUUCAGUGUCUUGGUUAACCUCUUUGCCCUUCACUUGUGCAAACGUGUGAGCCUGUGUAUAGACAAGUGCCUCAGCCUCAACUUUAAUUAGUGUUUGGACAACUGUGUAACCCUCCAGUCUUGCAACAGCGUCACCUUCUGUUUUGACCGGUCAAUGUGUCGGUAACACUGUUGGCCUACACUUGUGGAAACGUGUGAGGCUGCGUAUAGACCAGUGCCUCAGCUUUAACUUUGUUCAGUGUGUCAAGAACUGUGUAAGCGUCCACCCCUGCAUUAGUAUCACCUUCUGUUUUGACCAGUGCCUUGUCCUC